AUAGUCAAUAGCCUUAGCAAAAAUCACCUCUUCAAUCUCUCAGAACUAAAUGUCUUACAGAGGUGAUUCAACAGAGCUCACCUAUAAAUCUCUGUGUGCCUGCUUAAGAAUGCACGAAAGAGAGAGACCUCCCAUUUCUGAGCUAAGGUAAUUAGAGACAUGGGUGAAGUUGGUCCAGCUUUCAUCCAACCCAUCGAGCAUCGGCCUAAGCUCAUCACCGGGUUGGAGGCCGGAGGGAUCCCUCUGAUCGAUCUCUCCCUCUUAACCUCUCACUCUUGGGAGGGAUAUUGCAAAGACCAUCCACAGCCCAUAUCGGAUAUGGUGGAGGAGAUGGGAAGUCCAUGCAAGGACUGGGGAUUCUUCCAGGUGAUCAACCAUGGUGUGUCACCCGAUCUGCGCCGGAGGGUUGAGACGGCCGCGAAGGAAUUCUUCGAUUUGCCUCCGGCAGAGAAGAACAAGGUGAGGAGAGACGAGCUGAAUCCAUUGGGUUACUACGACAGCGAACACACCAAGAAUGUGAGGGACUGGAAGGAGGUCUUCGACUUCACUGUUGUUGAUCCAACCGUGAUCCCGCUUACCCAUGAACCCAACGAUCACCGCCUCUGGCAGAUCACCAAUCAGUGGCCUGAUUAUCCUCCUGAUUUAAGGAAUGCCUUUGAGGAAUAUUGUCGAGCAGUUGAGGGGCUAGCAUUUAAACUCUUGGAAACCAUCUCACUGAGCUUAGGCUUGCCUUGCAAACGGUUUAAUGAAUUCUUCAAAGACCAAACCAGCUUUAUCCGUCUCAAUCAUUACCCUCCCUGCCCUUCACCUCAUCUCGCUCUCGGCGUUAGCGGACACAAGGAUGCGGGCGCUCUGACAGUCCUCGCACUGGACGAUGUAGGCGGUCUGGAGGUCAAGCGGGUGAAGCCCAUCCCUGAUUCUUAUAUCAUCAACGUCGGCGACAUUAUUCAGGUGUGGAGCAACGAAAGGUACGAGAGUGUGGAGCAUAGGGUAGUGGUAAACUCAGAGAGGGAGAGGUUUUCGAUCCCAUUCUUCUUCAACCCUUCACACUAUGUGAUGGUAAAGCCUUUAGAGGAAUUGAUGGAUGAGGAGAAGCAAACCGCCAAGUAUAAGGAAUACAACUGGAGAAAGUUCUUUACUACGAAUAAGCUUAGUAAUUUCAAGAAGCUUGAGGUUGAAAACCUCCAGAUUAGUCACUUCAAGAUAUCUGAAUAAAGUAGGAGUUCUAUUAAACAUUCCAAGCAUCAUUACAAGGAGUUGAAGCCAUCUAAUAUCAAAUAAAACGAAGAGGAAUUAUGUAA